AUGUGCGAUAUAGAAGCCAUGUUCCACCAGGCGAAAGUCAACGAAGAGCACAGGGAUUUACUGCGUUUCUUCUGGUGGGAAGAUGGCGAACUCUCGGAAGAAGCUAAAGAAUACAGGAUGACUGUGCACUUGUUCGGAGCCACUUCGUCUCCAGGCUGUGCAAACUUUGCACUGAAGUCCACGGCAAACGAUUUUGAAGAAGAGUUUGACGCUACGGACGCAGAUUUGGUUCGCAAUGACUUCUAUGUCGACGUCGACUUCAAGUCCGUUCCAUCGGUUGAUGACGCAGUGCAGUUGGUAACAAGUGCGAAGCAGAUGUACAAAAGAGGAUGUUUCCGUCUGCACAAGUUUGUGUCUAACAACAAAGAAAUUUUCAGAAAAAUCUCAGAGUCAGACAGAUUAGACGGCGUAAAGGAGUUAGAUUGA